AAGCACCGAAUUCCAUUUCGGUGUAUUUAUUGCAUAACUGGAUGUAGCGUUAAAAUGAAAUAUUAUUUCAUUUUGUUUUUAGUUUUACUGUGCGUGUUUUUCAGUGCGAAAUCAAGUUAUGUUACACAAACUCCCUGUAUUGAUGUGUACUAUUCAAAAGAAAGGACUUGUGUAUGGAGAUGGUUUCGAAGGCGUUGUUCUUAUUAUUCUGUGAAACAUGAAAUGUGUUGUGACGGCUAUGGAGGACUGGAAUGUGAUAUCCCUAUUUGUGGUGGAGGUGCGGUGGAAAAUUCUUGUAAUGUAGAGGAAGGUCAUGUACGACUCCGAGACAACACCGUUAUAACAUCGAGUGGUGGCACGUGUGUAGAACCGUUUACAUGUAGCAACUGCAAUGCAGGAUACUUUCCAUCGGCGGACAAUAACGGAACUUGUUCCGCUUGCCAAGAAAUAGAGAACUGUAAUAUCCCCACGUGUACAGAGUAUGAGAACACAGAGUGCGAAUGGUGUGUUGGUGAAUUAGAACGAGAAAGUACCGGAUAUAAUAUGUUCACAGGAAAGCACGACAGCAAACAAUGUCUACGGGCUUGCUCCUGGAGAGAUGGGUAUCGCUGUUUUCCUGGAACGUGUACAGGAGACAUGUUGUAUCCAAGUAACUGCGCAUGUGCACCUGGAUUCACUGGCAGUAACUGUGCUACAGUAACAGCAGACAAUACGCCGACUAUCCUCACACAGAUUCUUAUCCUAGAAGGGGAUGGAGAUACGAGUCAAUUUAUAGCGGAUAUCCCAUUACAAGAUGGUAAAUUCUGGACUAACGAAGCCCAGUGGUCGACUGCAGACAUCACUGCAUCCUCUACGUACAAACCAGAAAUUGACGCACAGAACGUUCCAAGUUAUAUUGCAUCUUAUGAUAUUGGCAUUGAAGAUAUAACACUCACAGCUACCUUGUCUAGAGGCGGAGACGAAUCAAAAUGGAUAAUUCAAGGUAACUGCAAUUACGGAGAACGUUGCGAAGCAGCCAUUGAAACAGAUCUGAAACAUACACCAUGGAAUACAAUCUUACAGGGCGGCUUUCCUGCUCCAUUCAGGCACAUGGACGCAAUCACUUUUGCUAUGUCGACAAGAAAUGGAGGAUUGAUAAAGUAUAUAGACCGAGAAGCAGAAACAGAAAAAUCUUACAACCUUGCUGGAGUGACAACAACAAAUACUCUUGAAUUAGGAUUCGACUUCUAUCCUCCAAGUCAUUGUUUCGAAACAAGUCAUGCUUGCACCCAAGACUCACUGACUGUGAACGACUUUAAUAAGAAUUCUCAAGUCGAUGUAUAUUGGAAUGGCUGGACCGAUCACGACUCUGGAAUAUACAAAUAUAUUUUAACUUUACAAUAUCUUGCUGUCAAAAGUCAGGACGAUCCAGCCUUGGACCUGAUGUACGUGGUUACGGAGACAACAGUAGACGUUAAUCAACUAUCAACAACAUUAACCUUUGCUGAUCCAGGACCAUAUGCCGUUGAGAUCACCGCGUUUGAUAAAGCUAACAAUUAUAAGUUGUCAAGGCGAAUAGUUUUAUAUGAUGAUAGCUCUGUUGUUGAGAAGAGAGAUCCACCCCCGAAAGUUGUUCAAGCUAACGAGUACUUUUGGAUAAAUACUCUUUCUACAGAAAUUGAAGUUAGUUGGCAGGGAAGAUAUAUCAAUUUCCGACAUCAUUCUCUCGGAUGGUUAAAUGAAGUGAAAGACAAUCCAGACAUUAGCAGAGAUCUUGACGACACAAGUAGUAAAUCACAAAGAAGUGUUGACGCUCUAUAUAACAUAGAAGGUAUCGUUCGCUUUGAAAUUGGAUACACAAUUGAGUUUGAAGGGUAUUCAUCGUUUGUUAAUUUUGUACCGAUUCCUGAGGAGAUGUUCAGUCUGCAGAAGAUGAUAUACGAUGAUGUUGAACUUACAGACGGCAAAAGAUUAACCUAUACUGUCCGCGGUUUUGAUAUUCUUGAUGAAUACGCAGAAGAUAACAUUACAGUGACCAUCGAUCUGUCACCACCUGUCAUUCAAAACCUUUGGUUAACAAAAGGGGACUAUGUUAACAUCACCGUGCACAACCUUCUAGAAUUAAACGAAAUAGCGUUUGAAUGGGAAGUCUACGAUGAACACAGCGGGUUGUAUGAGAUAGAAUGGAGAAUAUUUGACAACUUUACAAAGACAGAUAUAGAACAUGGUCACUCUUUCGAAAGUUUGCAAGGAGGUGCAGAGCAAGCGUUGGAACAGUGUCAAGAUAGUUACACAAAUUAUCCACGAGGUUUUAAUUGCUACUGCUCACCAUAUAACGGUUGUUACCAUAAACACUACCAGAUAAAGCCUCAUAUUACAAGCACUGGCACAGAUGGCAUACAUUCUGGGAAUGAUGUUGGAGUCCAUGAUUAUGAUUACUUCAUAGAAGUGACAGCCACUAAUAAUGCAAGACUGAAAACAGUUGUGUCUCGCAAGUUUACUAUUGACGUUUCACCACCACAUGAAGGAAUGGUACAAGACGGGAUACCUGAUGAACCGGAAGUUGAUUUUCAACAAACACUAGAGCUGUUUGCACAUUGGGAUGGUUUCUUUGACAAGGAGAGUAGUGUCUGGUUCUACAUGUAUGGUUUUGAUACCGAAUGCAUAGCUGCCGAAGAAUUUGAUGUUCGUCAAACAAAUGAAAAGAUUAUAAAGACUUACGAAACAUCAGCAACAUUUACAGUACAGGAAGUAGGGAAAUAUUACGUGACAGUCGUGGCAUAUAACCACGCUCUAGGUGUCAGUAAACCAGUUUGUUCAGACGGUGUUACUAUAGAUUCUACCCCGGCAACAGUAUCCGAGGUUGUUGUUAAAGAUGCUGUAACGUUGAAUGGUAUUCUUAAAGAUGAGACUACGGGGGAUGUGUUUUUGUUAAAGAAAAAUAGGGAAAUCGAGCAAAUAAAUGCUCCUUCGCAGGACUGUAUAGACAAGGCCAUACCAAUAUCAAAUGACAACAUAUUGCUGAUGCCGCACCGAAGAUACAUGAAUGGAACAAAACGCUGUGUCAGUUUGACAGAUUGUGAUUCGUUUCCUAAUUUACAUAACGAUUUACUGUCCUUCGUCACUUCAGUCUCUCACCUCGAAAUUUCAUGGAAUGUCUCUUACGGAAGUGCCGGCAUAUAUGAUGUGGAGGUUGGCAUUUCGUCUGCGUACUCGAAUAUGCCGGACGUAAUGGGUUUUGAGACAACACAUGGGCACCAACAUAAGUUAAUUCGUCAUCCUGAUGUAUUCAAUGGGGAAAGAUUCUUCAUAGUUAUCAAAACUAUCACUAAGGCCGCGAUUACUAACACGAAGACUAUUGGACCUUUUGUCGUGGACAGAACAAAACCAGACUUCCAGGGCAAUAUCAUUCUAUCCGUUGAAAGAUAUAAUCUUGAAUCAUUCCUUGUUGCAAGUUGGGACGAUAAUGCGUUUAUAGAUCAUGGCGACCCAUAUCCUUUGAAAUAUGAGAUUGCUAUAGGAACUUCUAAGACAUCGCAAGACGUAUUACCAUUCCAAGACUUAAGCACUGGAGGAAGUUGCACUUCUCUUUCCCCAACAAACUGUGCUGCAAUUUCAACGAACCUGUUGCCAUGGCAAUUACAUGCACUCCAAACAUAUUGCGUUGUUAUAAAGGCUACAGACUCUGCUGGGAUGUUCGUGCUAGCAUCAUCUGAGAAGUAUCAACACAGUGCCAUUAAAGCUUCUACAGGGAUUGUUCAUGAUGUUGAUACCAAUUCCGAAACCGCACUGACGGACAUUGAUGACAUAGACUACCAAGUAGAUACUAACCAGCUCUCAGCCAGAUGGUUUGGAUUCAAACAUCCGUUUGAAUCGAUACAGUUCAUUGCUUGUAUUGCAAAGGCGACUGUGUCGAAUAAUAUAUUGACUUGUGAAAACGCUAAUACAGAAACAACACACACCUUUACUGGCUUGACACUUGAAAAAUACCAGACAUAUAGCGUCAUGGUGAUCGCUGAAACGGAAGCUGGGAAUGUUACAGCUGUGUCUGACGGUGUAACAAUUGUAGUGGAGGGUGACACUAUAGAAGGAAUUUCAGUACUAGAUGGUCCUUUAUGUACCAACAACAUCACUGAUGGUUUCAAUCUAGACGCCUCCCACCUUUCCGAGGAUAAAAGAGUAAAGUGUUAUGACGACAUUGAAUACCAGUCCUCCACAAACCGUGUACAAGCACACUGGUCUAUCCCAAGUGAGAAAGCACAUUAUCUCCAAGACAUUCACUGGGCGGUUGAAAUGAGAGCCCCCGUAGCAGAUUUCUGGGUGUUGCAUAAAGAUUUUGAACAUCUCAUAACAACUAGCAAUGCCUUUGAAGAAAGUGGUUUGGAUCUGACUGCCGGUAGACGAUACAGAAUUUUGUUGAAAUUGUGCGCUGGCUUGUUCUGCUUUAAUACAGUUAAAAGUUCUGGCGUGACAGUUAUACCUAAUCCGCCAAUUCCAGGAUCUCUUCAUAUCUCGUAUAUUAAAUCGGAAAAACAGCUUAACGUACAUGUCGAACAUUUCAAAGAUCCGGACAUUGAGGAUCUAACUGAGUCACUUGAUGUGAUUGAUCAUUAUGAAUGGGCUUUCACUGACAACUCAAUUAAUGCUAAACUGUUGACAAGAUGGAAAAGAGCAGAUCCGGUAAUAAGCUUACCAGAAGAGGUAACAUUCACCAUCGACUUGGAAGGUGACAUUCAGUUUACCAAAUGCUGGAAGAUUGCAGUUAGAGGAUACAGUAAAGCUGGACAUUCAGCUAUCGUAUCUAUAAAUAUCAAAAACUGCAGUGACAUACGAGAAAUUAGACCAAGCAUUGUAAUAGAUGCGGCAGGAGAUCAUUUAGACCAAGAACACACUGGAAAAUCAAUUUAUUUAGAGGAAAAUGCUAUUUGGUCUAAUCCUGAUACCGAUUACACAUCAUACAAUAACAUACUGUCGGCGGUUUGGCCAACAUUGAGACAUAAAGCUUAUACCUGGGCUGUUUUGAGUGUUAGAGAAGAGGACGCGACUACAUUUUAUGAACAGGCGACAGAUGUGGUAUUGCACGAUCCAUGCUCCCACCCGGACUCAGUCAAAUGUGGAACUACAGACUUGGGAUACGUCAAUAUAUACUUUGAAGCCGCUGAAUUAAUUCAUGGCCGUCGUUAUGUUGUUUGUGUCCAUGCAAAUGCCACCAAUCUUCGACAUGAACUGUGGACUCAAGAGCUUCCAGAAAUAAAUGCUUGCAGUGACGGAGUGACCGUUGAUCUAACACCUCCAUCGACUGGAGAUGUAUGGAUAGGAAAUCAUAAGCAUAUCUUAUAUCAGACAUCAACAUCGGAGUUAAAUGUGAACUGGAACUCUUUCAUAGAUAUAGAAGAGGAAAGAUAUGCAGUCCAUACAAGUGGUAUUACAGGAUAUGAAAUUGCUAUAGGUACAACACGUGGUGGAGUAGAUAUGGUAUCAUUAACGAAUGUGGGUUUGACUAACUACAAAAUGUUCCAUGGUGUGCAUUUACAAAAUGGUCACACAUAUUUUGCAACAGUGAAAGGGUAUGAUUUUACCGGCCAGUCAUCCGUUAGUUUUUCAAAUGGAGUCACAGUUGACACAACUCCCCCUGUUAUAUCAGACAGUCGUAUAACAGUUUUAAGACGGCAUAUAACAAGCACAGAAUACGUCGAUGUCUGUUGGACAGGAGUAUUCAGUGACAUGGAAAGUGGCAUUUUGCAUUAUAGCUGGUCUAUUGGAACACAACGUGGAUAUGACAACAUAAUGGCGUACAUUGAUACGGAAGAUGAAUGUUCGAGCACUCCAGAGGAUAGUCCACUUUCACUUACAGAAGGACAUGCUUACAUUAUUAACGUUAAGGCGUAUAAUAAUGCAGGACAGUUUUCGGUAGCAUCUUCUUGGGCAUUUGUCGUUGAUUCAUCAGAACCGGAAGCUGGCAAUGUGUAUGACGGCUCUAAGCAAACAGAUACUGACUAUAUUGACCUAGAUUACAUUGAAACUUCAUCUAGUGUACAUGCACGAUGGAAAGGCUUCUUUGAUCCGCAUACUCCUAUUAAAGAGUACUUCAUUAGCCUUGGGAUGUGCAAAGGUUGUGAAGAUGUCAAAGGAAAACAGCCAAAUGGAUUAAAAGAAUAUACUGAAUUAAAAUCUUUGCAACUGGCAGAGGGUAUUAAAUAUUUUGUAACAAUAACAGCGUGUAAUACAGCCGACCUAUGUACGUCUGCUUCAUCCGAUGGAUUUAUUGUAGACACAACGCCGCCAGUAAAAGGAUAUGUAAUGGACGGCACUCGUGCGAAAGAUAUACAAUAUCAGUCAGCACUAACUUAUAUCGGAUGUAAAUGGUAUGGUUUCAAUGAUCCACAGUCACAGAUAAAUAAAUACGUAUGGCGAGCAGGUACAUCAAAAGGUGCAGAUGAUAUCGUAACUGCAACAGACUGUCAUAACCUGGAGGAAGCUUUUAUAUUUGAUCUGCCGAACAACUUACCUCAAAAUAACAGAAUAUUUUGUACAGUUAGAGCGUAUAACAAUGCAGGCAAAUAUGUAGAAUCAACGUCCAAUAGCUUUCUUGUCGAUGCAACACCGCCUGUAUUUGCUACGCCUUUGACCCUUUCUCCUGUUGGCAGUACCAAGGACGGGACGAGUGUUCUCAGAUCACUGAUCAGAGUUAAUUGGGUAGUGAAUGACGAAGAAUCUUUUAUUUAUAGUCAAUACAUUUCCAUCUCAUCACAUAUUGGAGGAGAUUUUAAUUUGUCCGCAGUACAAGUUGAAGGUAUUGUGAGAGAUUACACAUUAACCGGUCUUGAUCUACAUGACGGAAGUUAUUAUGACAUCAAACUAGUUUCCUGCAAUGGAGCUAAAUUAUGUUCAGAGUCUAUUCUCCAAAACAUUCUUGUGGACAGUACUCCACCUACACGAGGUACUUUUGCUGUCAAUACUGAUCAUGCAGCAAUGUUAAAUCGUCAGCCAGGGCAAUAUAUGGUAUGGACACCUAUUUCUAUUAGUCUGGCUUGGCUCGGAUUUGAAGAUGCACAUUCUGAAAUAGAAUCAUAUAGCAUCAACAUCGGAAGCCAGUAUAUGGGCAACGAUCUAAACGAGAUUCCCGGUGUACCAUUUGUGAUCACGCACAACAGCGACGCACCCUUUCACGGAGACGGGUUUGUACAAACGUAUACAUUGAAUACCAAACCUCUCUCAAAAUAUAACUCUGUGUUCAUCAGCAUCUCUGCGAAGAAUUCUGUUGGGUUGUCGAGCGAAAUACUGCAUUCCCAGUUUAACUUACUUUAUGGUGGGAUAUUAGAACUCGUGCGCCGAUGUGGAAGCCAUACAUGCUAUGGACACUGUGUCUGUGCUUCUGAAGGAAAACUAUGCACGGCCAGCGACGGUGAUUGCAUUGAUAGCAGUGGAAGUGGCAAUCCGAAUACACUUAUUGAAAUUCGAGAUUUCAUAGAUAUUACUUUUCCAACCGAGGACCAAAGUUUGUCAAGAUCACCGAUAAAUAUGAUGCUUGCCGGAAAAUGGUCUUUGAAAUCAGUCAAAGGAAAACAGCCCUUAUGGUAUGACUGCAGUGUUGGAGAAGGCGCAUUUGAUACCCCACAGGGCGUUUUCCAUGAAACGGACGACCAAGUUUGGUAUGCUGCUGGUCGAAAUACCGAAUGUAUCUUCACACUGAAAAGAGGACAAAGUUUGACAGAGCGUGAAGAGUAUUCAGUCUUUGUUCGAGCAUGGUAUGAUCAAAACACCUUUGCAGUGUUUCGAAGUCCCGGCCUCGUAAUAUAUUCAACACCUCCCGGUGUGUCAGUACUUGUUGGCAGAAACGUGAAGGAGGUCAUUGCUGGAGAUACAAAGGACACAGAUUUUAUAACAUUAGAUACACAAGUUAACGCCGAUUGGACCGGGAAAUUUAUUAAUACUGCAAACAGUCUUCGGCAUUAUCAUCUAUAUUUAAGCACAAGUCCAGGAGGUCAUGACGCAUACACUUUAUCAACAAGUAUUCCAUCCGAUGUAACAAGCUAUAACAUAACUGGUCUGAACUUAGAAGAAAAUACAAAAUACUUCACUGUUGUUCAAGCCUAUAAUCUUGCUGGACUUCAUUCUACAGCUGUGUCUGAUGGCUUCAUGUUGGAUCUGCAUCCGCCUACAGGUGGAAUCGUGAUGGACGGGCAUACAUUGGUCGAUAUAAAUGCAUCAAACGACUCGCACCUUGUGUCUGCAUUCUGGCAUGGAUUUUCAGACGUCGAAUCUGGAAUUAUGUCAUAUGAUUUCUGUAUUGGACACUCAACAAACGACGAUGAUUGUAAUAUACUGCCUAUAUCUACAGUUGGUAUUGCAAUGCGUAAGACAUUCCAUUCAUCUACAGAAUUUAUUCCAGGUGAAAUAUUAUGUAGUAAAGUGAGAGCUCGUGAUGUGGUCGGUCACGUGUCAGAACUAGUGUCGUCAAAUGGAGUCACAAUAGACACAAGUCCACCGGUGAAAAUAUCAAGUGGAAGUUGUUCAGGCAAUAUUGUACUUGAUAAUUCAUUCGAAAACGCAUCCUCAUUUGUAUGUGAUGACAUUCAUGACCACGGUUGGCAUAGCUUGAACGACAAAUGCUUGAAACUAUCAAGAUCGAGCAUGGCAUACGAUGGACAUGCAUCUGUUAUUAUACAAGGAACAAUUCAACAAUCAAUUGAAGUAAAGGACAACGGGAGGUAUCGCCUGACAUUUUUUACUUCAUUAGUGCUGUCAGAUAACUUGCACCUGUCUGCUGUUGAAGGCUUUAUUAGCAUUAACGAUGAUAAACACAUAUUUUCGUUAUAUGAAAAACCUAAUUCAGACUCAUAUGCGUGGCAGAAACACACUUUUUUCUUCGAUCUAAAUGAAACGGGAGAUAUUUUUCUUUCUAUCGGUACGUUGGGAGACAAAUCCGCUUUCGUUGUUGAUGAUGUAAAUUUCGAAUUAUGUGACAACACAGCUGUGUCAUCUGACGUAAGAGGACAUGUGAAUGCUCAUACAGUAUUUGUUCAUGACUGGUCCUCUGUUCACGCUGAUUGGACAUUUAACGAUCCAGAGACUGAUAUUGUAGAAUAUCUUUGGGCAAUAGGAACGGUAGAAGGAGGAACACAGUUACAAACUUUUGAAAGUGUAGGAAGACGUUCUUUUGGCAGAGCAGAAUCCUUGCAUUUGGAACACAACACGGAGGUUUUUGUAACUGUUGUUGCAGUUAACGAAGCCCAGCUGCGUACAGUGAGCUAUUCAAACCCCAUCUAUAUCGACCUCACUCCACCAGUAUUUCGUUAUAUCAAUGAUGGAGAUGUACCAGAAGAAGACAUCGACUAUCAAGAUAAGCUAACUUUAACUUCGCACUGGGACGUCUUUGACAUGGAGUCUGAUGUUACUGGAUGCAGCUGGGCAAUAGGUUUAUCACCAGGCGAUAGCUCUCUGCAAAGUUUUACUCCCGUAAAUAUACAUUUGAAAAAUGCAAGUAACACUUUCGAAAAUUCUCCAGAAGACACUCUCUUUAUCACUGUCCAAUGUAUGAACGGGGCAGGUUUAACCAGCACUUUGUCUUCCGACGGUGUGAAGAUACUACAAGCCCCUCCGUCUACUGAGAGUGUCAUUCUAGAACUUAUGACUACUUCAACGACGCAGUUUUUACCACGAGGCAGUUACCAUGGAAAUAGCUCCGAGAUAAAAUUUCGUUGGACUGGCUUCAGUGCAAACGAUGGUGUUGAUAGUUUUGAGGUUCAGCUUGUCGGAAAUGACGUCAGUAUGACUGAAAUAGUACCAUCCACUUCAACGGGAUACAACUAUGCAAGUUUUACAGGCCUUAACUUAGUAGAUGGUGAAUACAACGUAUCCGUUACUGCAAUCAAUAAAAUACGAAUGCAAAGUCAACGAAAAUCCGAAACAUUUUAUCUUCUGACAGAAGCACCUAGACUUACUGGUGAACAAAUACAGACUAGUUGGAUACAAAAUAUCUCUAAAGCUAGAGCCUCGUGGGAGAACGUAUUUGAAUCAACACAUCCUAUGUUCUACGAAGUGACGAUAAGUCUUGCAGAGGUUGGACAAGGUGAUAUGGUACAAUGGCAAGAAACAAGUCAAACAUAUAUUGAAAUUCCACUGAAGCAAGAAGAUCUUUCUAACAAUGGUGUAUUAGUAGAAGUUACUGUGAGGGCAGUUUCAUAUUCCGGAUUGUUUGUAUUCAAACAUGCUGAACUAUAUGUAGCUGCAUAAAAAGUGAAUCUUUUUGAAAAACGGUUGUGUUAAUAUGACUACAUUGUUUGCCUCUAGUAUGUAGUUUUACAGUUGUAAUAAGACUAAUCAAACAUUUGGAUCCAAGCUGGUCGCAAAUGCACUAUGUUGGCUUUCCAAUGGUGCGGUUUAUAUAACAAAAUGUGUACUAUGUAAUACAUACAUAUGUAUCAGAUGUUUACAUAGACAGAGUGAGAUAUUUUCAUGUUUUGCUCUUUCUUUUCUCAAAGAACUAUAAACAUAAUAUACCUAUUCACUUGAA